GGCGCUGAUAAACCUAACCCGAGGUGUUCAUCCUACCGAAGAAGAAGUCGGCUUUCCACAGUCAUGUAAUCAUAGCAUGCCGAAGGUUAUUAUUUUAGCAGUGUAAAAUAUUUGGCCGGAGUUUGAGUGGUAGCCUAUAUGGUCGGGUGUUUUAGGAUGAGCGCCCCCUGUUGGUUAAUCUGUUCUGCUGCUGUCAGCGCUCCGCUGUGGAGGCGGCUGCUGGCCCCCGGAUCUGCUAAUAGAAGAAACAUGUCCUCCAAAAGACAAAUGGACCACUUGCAGAGGACGGCGAGCAACUACAGACAAAAUGCGCUGUACCCAGCUCAAGUCUGUGGAAUCAUAAACGAUUCGGAAACGGUGAAAAGACUGAGGUUAGCCGUCCACCCGGACUUCAGCUUCAAAGCAGGACAGUGGGUAGAUUUCUUCAUCCCUGGUCUGGAGACAGUGGGAGGUUUCUCCAUGUGCUCCAACCCGGGUUUGUUGCAGAGGGAGGGGAUCGUUGAACUGGCGGUCAAGUACACGACGCACCCCCCAGCACACUGGGUCCACACCGUGUGCGCAGUGGGCUCUCGUGUGGCCAUGCGUGUGGGCGGGGACUUCUACUUUGACCCGCAGCCUUCAGAUCCGUCUGUGGACUUGCUGCUGGUUGCCGGGGGCGUCGGGAUCAAUCCCCUGUACUCUAUUCUUUUGCACACUUCAGAUCUGCUGCGUCUCAAUCAGUCCUCCGGUGGCCGGGACUACAGCAUUGGCUCCGCCCACCUCUGCUACAGCGCUAAGAACACACAGGAGCUGCUCUUCAAGACUUCCAUCAUUGAGAAAUGUGGACAGUUUCCUGACAAGUUCUCCUGCAACUUUCACGUCACGCAGCAGAGGGCAGAAGUGGAGCCACACCUUACGCCCUUUGUCAAAAGUGGGAGAAUCACGGAGGAGGAGUUGCAGGCAAAUGUGGACCCACAAAGGACUUUGUGUUACUUAUGCGGACCCCCGCCAAUGAUAGAGGCAGUUUCACAAACCCUGAUGCACCUCGGCCUCCCUAAGGACAGGAUUGUGUUUGAGAAGUGGUGGUAGGACUUCCAGGUCACUUCCAGGGCUUUUUCUUAUGGCUUUAGGUUGUCUUCAGAGGGAGGAUGUAUGAGGGGGAAAUAAAGAGCAACCUGAAAUGCAUCUGCCUUUCAUGUGAAGGUAAAUCGAUCUUCUCUCCCCCGCUGUGGCUGUUCGUUUUAUGAUCCCACUCCUGAACGAUGGACUGAAUCAAAGACUGGAGAUGGACUUUGUUUCCUGAAGCAGAACCAGCAAAACAUCUGCAACCUAAAUGCAAAGUUGUACAGAUUUCUAGCAAAUAGUUUUGUUUUUUUUUUAAUUAAAAGAAAUAAGUGUGAGAUUUC